CAGGGUAGUUUCACCGUCGUUCUUCUCCUGGAACAUGUGUUACGUACGUUGAAGAGUGAACAUCCCGAGAUCCAGCAGGUGUAUUUGCGACAAGACAAUGCAGGGUGCUACCACAGUGCCACGACAAUUCUAGCCAUACCUGCUAUCCAGUCUUCAUCUGGAAUGCGUAUCCUUGCAGUAGACUUUUCAGACCCUCAGGGAGGAAAGGGUCCAGCCGACCGUAUGUCUGCUACCUGUAAGAAUCAUAUCAGAAGGUAUAUAAACGAGGGCCAUGAUGUAACGAAUGCGCAGCAGAUGAAAACCGCGAUCCUUUCCCAUGGCGGAGUCGAAGGCGUCAGAGUUGCAGUUGUUGAAGCUUCAGUUAACGAGACCCCAGAACAACGGAAGAUCCCUGGAAUAAAUAAACUUAAUAACUUUGAAUUUAAGAACGAUGGCCUCUUCGCUAGACGAGCUUACGCAAUAGGCAAAGGAAGGAAAAUCAACACAAAGCACGGACAAGGAGGUAGUUUUAAGGCUUUAUAUAUAAAAAUAUGUAUUUCCUUUCGAGUAUAAAUGAUUAUAUUUACAAUAGUGCUGCCUUGCACCAAAGCACCUGUACGUGCAAAGGGAAUAUAGAAAGGUUCAAAGGGUAUGAGCUAUUUGCUCUUUCCAAGGUGCCUUUUACAUCUUGACUUGUUUCAGCUUAAAGUAAGCUAGAUUAAUUCAACAAUUAUUGAACAAGGCUGGAAAUAUACAGAAGGCGGAAGUUUCUUAUCGUCAGAAUAUGAAUGCAUGGAACUUUUUUCUCAAAAAAAGACACACGUGUUACAUCCAACGAGCAUGAAUAUUCGUACAUACGUUCCGUUCACUUUUAGUCAAUAAUUCAGCUAUUUUCUCUUCGCACAUAACCAUGAUUUCUUUCGCGAUUUUCUUGUGUUCUACAUUUAUGCCAAAACAGCGAUAGAUCUGCCGUGCUGCUGCCCGCAGCACGGCAGUGAUUGAAUAUAGGCGGCAUUUUCCGAAAAUGCAUUGGUUAACGCCAGCUAGUGAUGUAGGUAAGUCGGGUGAUUAAAGUUAAUCAUAAACGGCGAAUAUAUAUUAUAAAUUAAUCAUAAUUUUUAUUUAAGCUGGUGUUUCGUUUCAGACUCAAACAUGUAUUCGCUAAGGGCGCCCUUUUCCAACGGCGAUUUCAAAUCGCUUAGCAAGCAGUCUAAGCCAGCAAGGGAAUCCCAACCUGAAGAACAUGCAGCCGCAAAUAAUCCACUCGAGACACGCCCAACGGCAACCUACAGCUGCCCACAAGAUGGCUGCACUCGUGUAUUCCAGCGACAUUGCGCACUGGAAAACCAUUUGAGUUUUGAGAGAUGCUCAAAGUCUGUUGAAAGAGCGACACUUCUGGACCGUGCCAAAACAGAAUACGCCACACGCCUUUUGGAGGGAGUUGGCAAGAUUCCAACAUUGCCAAACACUUCGGGGACUUCAGCCUCAACAUGUACAAAGCGAUUACAAGAGGGUUGGGCCUUAAAGCAAAUGAAGAAGCCAUAUCGUUUCAGCGACAAGCAGAAGUCGUACUUGGUUGAAAAGUUUAAUAUUGGGCAGGGUACGGGCCGAAAAGUGGAUCCAGAGGUGGUUGCAAAAGAAAUGCGAAGAGAAAAAGAUGAAAACGGUGUGCGUCUAUUUACAAUUUCAGAAUUUCUUACUCCCCUCCAAGUGUCAUCUUUCUUUUCAAGGCUGGCGGCAAAGGUGCGACAGCAUGCAGUUGGUGAACCAGUACUCGAGGAAGAGGACAUCACAGCGGCUAACGAGGAGGAAAACUUCGUCACCGCACGGCAAUCAAUUUUGGCAUCACUAAACUUGUUCCAUCCCAUAGUUUGUGGCCAAAAUAAUUUGUGCGAGUUGGUUAGGCGAAACACCCUCUCAAAGUUGAAAUUGGAUGAGCUGCAAUGCUGUUGUGCGGAGCUUAGCCUACCUGUCCCUGUUCCACCAGUACGGCGGAAAGCUCCAUAUGUUAACCUGUUGAAGGAGCUUGUCAAGGAAUGCACCUGCAUGGAUGUCGAGUCACCCUAG